AUGAGAACUUAAGACAAGCCAAGCAAGUAAGGAGGGUUGUACAGUUUGAAUCUGGGAUAGAAUAAUGGCCCUUACCUUCCAAAAGACAUAAUGCUCACUAAUUAGAAAUCUCUAAAGGUUUGAUAAUGUAACAGCUUAGCUCCUCCAAGGAGAUGAAGUCAGCAAGUCAGUGUCUCAUGUCCUUGCUAGAGCUGGGAUGGGAUAGCUGUAUGAACCUCCAGACAUCUAUGAUGAGAAAUCGAAAUAGUUUGUAAACUUAGAUGAGAAAUACAAAACCAGAAUGAGUGCAAGUGAUAAUGUAGCAGCCAUGAGUACACUGUAUACAACAUCGAUCAAAUAGCUCCAAGAUUCAUUGGCUGAGUAUAAGGAAUUAAUAAAGAAGACUGAAGUAAUCAAUAUACUCAAAAUCUAGGAAGAACUGAAAGCAAUGAAUGAAAAAAUUAACAAUGACAACAUUACCAAUAUAAGAGAGCUGUAGCCUAUGCUCAAGGUAUUUCAUGGUAAAUUGAAGGAGAAAUUGCACGAAGAAAAAAAUGAGAAUUACAAACUCAUGAGAGAGAUCGAAGCAUUAAAUAGAGAGAAGUUGCAGAUACAGUAUUCAAUCAAAUUAAAUUAGAUAAUCUAUUCUAUUUUCUCAUAAGAGAAUUAUGGAUUUAGAAAAACUUGUUGGCAUAUAGCACAAAACAGAAUCACUUUAUGCAGAGAAAAUUCAUGAGGAAGAGGAUAUUAAUGAUGAUGAAGAUGAAUAGCAUUCAGACAAAGAUUUAGAUUCUUAAAUGUCAGAAUCUUAAGACUGAUUUUUGCAAUCAAAUUAAUGAAUAUAAAUUUUUAAAAUAAC